GCCGCCCGCGCCGGCUCCGGGGAAACCUCGGCGCGCCCUCCCCGGCUGCUCGCGGUCGCCUCCCGCCGCCGGCGCCCGGGGCCUCCCGACGCGCUCCGCUCCGCGCGACCCAGAUUCCCUCCCGCCCCCGCCCCCGCCCCGCCCGCGCUCGCAGCCUGUGCGGCAGCCGCGGCCGCCCUGUCCAGCCCCGCGCCGGGACCCACCGCGCCUGUCGCCGCCGCGGAGCGAGCGCGCAGCCGGGUGCCUGGGGAGGCGGGGAUGGAGCCCGCGUCGCCCCGCGCCGGGAGCUGCUGAGCGGCCGACGCCGAGUCCAGUUUACCCUUAUUUGACAAAGGCAAUUUUGGAAGCAUUUACCUGAGCACAGUUUGUACGGCAUCGGGACAGUCAGCCAGGGCACAAUGAAGCACUUCCUGAGGACUUCUUCAAGCAAGAAUUAACUUUCAUUAACACAUUCAUUGAAACUGUUCAAAAUAAGCCACUUCUAUUGCUCUAAGAGAAGACAUCAGAAUCAUAAAUUUAAGAUGAUGGAGUAGGGUGGCUCCACAGAAUGUUGAUCCAGGUAUGCCUGUAUUUUUACUGUAAGUUUUUGUGGCGCUGCCUGAAAUUUGUAAUGAGGAAGCUGACUGGAAGGUGUGAACUGCAGCGGAUCUGUUACAAUACCAAGCCUGGAGCUUCUAGAACCAUGAAAAUCGAAACAUCAUUAAGGGAUUCCAAAAGUAAGCUGCUGCAGACUUCCGUGAGCGUUCACCUUGAUGCCAUUGAGAAAACUAUAGACGACAUCAUGGAACUGAAGAAAAUUAAUCCCGACGUAAAUCCACAGCUGGGAAUCUCUCUCCAGGCUUGCCUUCUGCAAAUUGUUGGGUACAGAAACCUUAUUGCAGAUGUGGAAAAACUGCGCAGAGAGCCCUAUGACUCUGAUAAUCCCCAACAUGAAGAGAUGCUUUUGAAGUUAUGGAAAUUCUUGAAACCCAAUACACCCCUGGAAUCUCGGAUUUCCAAGCAGUGGUGUGAAAUUGGUUUCCAAGGUGACGAUCCGAAAACAGACUUUCGAGGAAUGGGACUUCUGGGACUGUACAAUUUGCAGUAUUUUGCGGAAAGGGACGCCACUGCGGCUCAGCAGGUUCUCUCCGACUCUCUUCAUCCCAAAUGCAGGGAUAUCACUAAAGAAGAAAUAAGCAAAUUCAGCAAAGCAGAAUGGGAAAAGAAAAGGAUGGAUAAAGCAAUUGGGUACUCAUUUGCAAUUGUGGGCAUCAAUAUAACUGACCUGGCGUAUAAUCUACUGGUGAGCGGAGCUCUGAAAACCCACUUCUACAACAUUGCCCCAGAAGCCCCAACGCUGUCUCACUUCCAGCAGACGUUCUGCUAUUUGAUGCACGAAUUUCAUAAGUUUUGGAUUGAAGAAGAUCCCAUGGACAUAAUGGAAUUUAACCGUGUGCGGGAGAAAUUCCGUAAGAGAAUCGUCAAACAGCUGCAGAACCCAGACAUGGCGCUGUGCCCACAUUUUGCCGCCUCGGAAGGUCUAAUCAACAUGUAGUCGCCACGCUGGAGUGAAUGGGUCCCCUGGAACACUGCCUCAUCGUCCUGUUAGAUCUCUGCUUAGGUCACAGCUCACACGGAAUGCACACAGUGGUUGCAUGCAUGCCUUUUGGUACAGUAUUUUCAUCUCUUGGUCCUAAUUCCAAGAUCCCCAGAUACCACUAUUUCUGGAGUGUCUGUCAUCCAGUGACUGCUCACAUUGUGGCAUCGUGCAGUGUUACAUCUUGCCUUGAUAGCCAGGUAUGGAGAGAGUUUUCUAUUUUUUUAGAUUUUUUUUCC